GAAGCGUUUCCACCUUCGAACACGGGGGGGCAGACUCAAUUCGGCGCGCCAGCCUUGAGGCUCACUUCCUUUUCCGGGAGAAGUCCCGGAAGCCAAGUUCCCAACGUGCGCUAGCAGCCAGACGAUCGGGCGUCGCGGGACUCGAGCAUGCCAGACGAUCGGGCGUCGCGGGACUCGUCCGUGGACUCGAACAUGCCGGCCGGGAAGAGGAGAACCGCGCGCUCGUUGCCGGCGGAAGAGGCGCGCGCGCGCCGGAGGAACGUCGACAGUUUGGCGGUGUUGCGCGCGCACGAGCCUGCCUUGCGAGAGCUGGAGGAGCUCGUCUUUGGCGACGUGCACGCGCCUCUGCAGGACGACGAGGAGGAGGAGGAGGAUGAUGAUGAGGCGACGGCGCUGCCACACGAAGAAGAAGAAGAAGGAGGAGGAGGAAGGCCAAUCAAAGAAAAGGCCAAAGACAUUUUGCUCCAAUCAGACGACGAGACACAAGCUCCCUUCGCUCCUCCGCCAAUCAAACGAGCAGCUGCUUGGAUUGACGAAGAUGACGAAAAGGAUGAAGAAGUGGACAUGAAGCAUCGUUUCCGUAGCGAUCUGAUGCGAGGAGACGCCGAGUCCAACAUGAGCAAGAAAAAACUUCAGCAAAGGAUGAGAGACCAGUUCCAGAAGUCGAUGGGCGGAGUUCCAACCUGGGCCGGCGGGAAGUUGACACAAGAUGAGGAUGACGACGACGCGGAGGAGGAAGAUGACGACGACGACCUUCUGCGGAGGACGGGAAACUUUGUGGCGUCUUCGGACGUUUUGUCCAGCGGCAUCCUCAGGAUGAAGCGGUGUCUCCACGCCAACGCCGCGCGGCCGUCUUCCGACGGCCUGACGUCGGUGCGCUUCCACCCGUCGGCUCAGGUGCUGCUGACGGCCGGCCUGGACUGCUCGCUGUCCAUCUUCCAGGUGGACGGUAAAAUCAACGCCAAGAUCCAGAGCGUGCACCUGGACCGCUUCCCCGUCCACAAAGCCAGCUUCAGUUGCCACGGCGACGCCGUCAUCGCCACCGGCCUGAAGAACAAAAUGUUCUACGUGUACGACAUGAUGGAAGGACGCGUCGAGCCCGUGCAACACGUCAGAGGGCUGCACGAGGACCACGUGAAGGAGUUCUGCGUGUGCCCCGGAGGGGGCGCUCUGUUGCUGACGGGGAGUCGAGGACGCCUGCACACGCUCACGCUCAAGACCAAGGAGGUGGUCGGCAGCGUGAAGAUGAACGGCGAGGUGGCGGGCGUGGCCGUCGGCGCCGACGGCACCAAAGUCUUCGCCAACUCGGAGGACGGCGAGGUGUACGUGUGGGACGUGCGCAGCAGUCGCUGCGUCAGGAAGUUCGCCGACGACGGCUGCGUGGGCGCCACGGCCAUCGCGGCGUCGCCCGACGGCCGCUACCUGGCGUGCGGCUCGCAGGCGGGCGUGGUCAAUGUGUACUCGCAGGAGGAGUGUCUUAACUCGGCCGAUCCCAAACCUCUCAAGGCCAUCAUGAACCUGCUGACCCCCGUCACCGCGCUGACCUUUAACCCCAGCGCGGAGAUCCUGGCCAUCGCCUCGCGACACCAAAACGAGGCCGUCAGACUGGUCCACGUGCCCAGCCUGAGCGUCUUCUCCAACUUUCCCACGUCCAAGAGGAAGUUUGUCUAUCAAGCUUCCUGUCUGGACUUCUCGCCACACAGCGGUUUCUUCUCAUUGGCCAACAACAAGGGACACGCCCCCCUCUUCAGGCUGCUGCACUACAAGAGCUUUUGAAGAUGAGGAGAUGAUGAAGAUGUCCAAAGUCUGGACAUUUGUUUUGUAUUCAUAAUCAUGUUAUAAAGGUUCCUGUCAUUUCUAGGUUUUCCCGAUGUUUGCUUUUGACUGUGAGGGUUAGCCGUUUAGCGCGCAACCAAAUGAAGUCGGAUCCGUGUACACGUACGGGAAAUGUACACAUGACGUACAUCCUGUGUUUGCCCGUCGACACUGCGCCAGCGUCUUGUCUCUUGAAGCGAACCCGCUGGGGUCGAAGUGACUCUCUCGCGCAUUUUAAAAUUUGUAUUUUUUAUUUUUGUGUGGCUGAGGAAAUGGAACAACGGGCGGCUCGACUAAAAUGACUGCCGCCCUGCGACCCCACCUCAGAAAAUGGACGGAUGGAUGGCCAACGUGUGUGGAAAAUAAAGAAGAGCGCUCCAA